AUGAUUAGAUUUUCGUCUUCUAUUGUUCAUCCUAUAAAAUGCACAGCCUUUAAGGAGAGGCAAAUAAAAAUAAAGAACUUCGAAAUAAAUUACUUGAAAGUAGGUGACGGACCUCAUCAUGUGUUUUGUUUGCCCGGCGUUAUGGGUACGAUAUGGAGUCACUUCAAAAAACAAAUACAAGGAUUUGAUCUCAACAAGUUCAGUUUGGUGAUUUGGGAUGCCCCAGGCUAUGGAAAAAGCAUCGCCCUCGAUAACGAUGAAGCGUUGGACAAAAUUUCUAGAGACGCAGAUACUGCUUAUGAAUUUAUGAAGGCACUACAAAUUCCAAGAUAUUCUACUUUGGGAUGGAGUAAUGGAGGCUGCGUAAGUCUUCUGCUAGCCAGCCGCUAUCCGCGUGUGGUAGAUAAAGCAGUUGUAUGGGCAUGUAGCACUUUUCUAUUGCCUCACGAGUUAAAUUAUUAUUACCCUUAA